AUGUCCACCCGCCAACAACACCGGGACAUCGACACUGAUCCCGACGCCCAUGGGGCCCUUGCGGAGAUCUGGAGCAGCAAUACUCAGGCAGGACACUCCCAGUCAUCCUUCUCGUCCGCCGUGAGACGCAACGACACUACUCCUUCCAAACGACGGCGUGGCUCAGAUGGACUGGCUAGGCGCAAUCGGACGGACCACGACCCAUGGAUCUCGGAGACAUCCUCGCCCUCUCACAGUCGAUCGAGGACAGUGGACGACAAUGUUGGCGCGGGAGAGGAUGAUCGUUGGCCUCCAAGUCGUCGGAGCGCAAGCCAACAUCCGUUGCGGUCCACUGCGAGCAUGGCCUCUUCCAGCUCGUGGACGCUCGACCACGAGACGCGUCCCUCCAUGAGGAGGAUGCUCAGCGAGUCAGACGUGCUAGACUCCGGUUCUACUGGGGACGGGGGCGAUAUUCGCGAAGGAUCACUGGUGCAGAACAGGGAAAUGCUGGUCAUCGUUCACGAGGUUCAGCCCAAGGACUCGUUGGCUGGGGUGGCCUUAAAGUAUGGCAUUACGUUAGCGGACCUCCGUCGAGCAAACCAGCUCUGGACAUCUGAUUCCAUACACCUCCGCAAGGUCCUCUAUAUCCCGGUGGACAAGACGCGUCAGGCGAGGCAGCUUCGAGAGGCCCUCAUAGACAGGAGUCUGCCGAAAGAGUCAUCUAUACCGGAAACCGAGCCGAACUCCGUCUCCGAGACCGUUAGCGACAUCACACCCUCGGUGGAAGCCCUGCCUGACAUUGGGAAGCUCACACUCCGUCGUGUCCCAGCGUCGCAAUUGUCAUACUUUCCCCCGCCUACCCACGCCUCCUCGUUAGACAAUGGCCAUCCGCCAACGGCUUACCAGACUGCAACACUUCCCAACGGCAACACGUCUCGCGGCCGCCCUGCUCUGCCCGUCUCGUUCACGCGCUCCAAGGAGAAUCCUUUGCAAGGAGUGUUGGACGUAUUCUCCUCAUCUCUGCAAUCGACCGCUCAACAUGUCCGCACAUCGACAACUACGCUAUUCGGCCAUCUGCCAACCCGCGCCCCCACUACUCUUGCCUCCCGUCUCUCCCUCGAAUCGACUAGCGGCACGCCGUCGAGCGUCAGCGACGACUUCGACUGGGAACACGAGAUGGAGGACGUUAGCUCCGCCAAGGCUCCCCGCCGCGCACUCAACACCGUCAAUGGUACAUCCCGCCCCCGCACACGCGCGUACACUCAUGCCCGACAGGCUUCCGCGUCUCUCAACGACCUUCGCGACCCCACGCAGAACGGGCGCGCCCGCGAGCAGGAGGUGCGGGACAGCGUCGAGCUUGACUCUGGUCCAUUUGAGUCCCAGUCCCCGCCGUCCGCGGAACCUCGCACCCCUACACAUAGGCAUGGCAGAAGCAGCUCGAGCAAGUCGCGGCAUGGGUCCGGAUCGGGAUCCGCGCACCGCGACAGAGCGAACCAGAACGGUGCAGUGCCGUAUGCGGGGACGGAGGCGGCGGUCGAGUGGGAAUCCCCGAGGGGCGCGAGCGUGGUGCGGACGGCGCAGAUGGAGCCGUCACCUGAGAUGCAGCUGCCGUUGUUUUCGAGGAGGACGAAGUCAGAUCCUUCGCAACUUCCUGCCAACAAGGUCUAUGACUACGUGGUAGUCGGCACAGGUCCUGGCGGAGGUGUUAUCGCGAGCCGACUAUCAGAGGACCCGAACACUAACGUUCUCGUCAUCGAAGCUGGUCCAAGCGACCAAGGUGUCACGAGUCUCCAGAUCCCCCUUCUGGCUCCGCAACUUCAGCCGAAUCAGGCCUUCGACUGGAACUUUACCACUGUGCCGCAGAAGAAUCUGGACAAUCGAACUCUACAGUACCCUCGCGGUCGUGUCCUGGGAGGCAGCAGUGGCAUUAAUUUCAUGGUUUAUACCCGAGGCCCGCAAGAUGACUUUGACAGAUACACUUCAGUCAGCGGUGACGAUGGAUGGUCGUGGAACUCAAUAUUACCCUACUGGAACAAAAUCGAGCGGCUCGUUCCGCCGCGCGAUGGUCACAACACCAACGGCGAGAUUGCCCCUGCUAUCCAUGGCACGAGUGGAGCAUUAAAUAUCAGUGUACAGAAUGCGCCCUUCGCUCAAGAUCCACUCGUCAUCGAGACGACGCAAGAGUUGCCUACAGAAUUCCCGUUCAACGAGGACAUGAAUUCAGGCUACCCCCUCGGUAUUGGUUGGAUGCAAGGGACGUAUGGCAACGGCAUGCGGUCGUCCGCUUCGACUGCAUAUAUCGAACCUGUCCUCUCGCGGCCCAAUCUCGACGUUCUGGUGGAGACAACGGUAACGAAGCUCAUACAGACCGGCGAAGCGAGCGGGACUCCAUUAUUCCGAGGCGUUCAAUUUGCAAGUUCGGCGACCUCACCGAAGUAUGCAUUGAAUGUAACUAGAGAAGUCAUCCUGUCUGCCGGCGCGGUCAACACGCCGCAACUUCUAAUGCUCUCUCGACUCGGUCCCUCCAAGACAUUGUCUUCUCUCAAUAUGAAAACAAUUGUCGACCUACCAGAUGUUGGACAGCACCUUACAGACCAUCCAUUUCUGCGGACCUUAUUUGGACUUGUCAAUCCCGACGACGACAUUCUAGAAAGCCUGGCCCGCAAUGCCACAUUCGCCAACGAUGUCCUCAACGAGUGGGCCUCAGAGAGGCAAGGCGUCCUGACUGAUUCAACUGGCAACCAAGUCGGCUGGCUAAGGAUACCAGAUGACGACUCUAUCUGGAAGACUGAGCAAGAUCCUGGCUCUGGUCCGACCGCGCCGCACUUUGAGUUCCUCUUUGUACCUGGCUUUGUUUCAGAAACUGAGACCGCGCCCACUACGGGCAGCUGCUUCACCCUGCUGACGGUAUUGGUCUCACCGAGCUCCGGUGGCUCUGCGACUAUUGCCUCCGCUGAUCCUUUUGCGAAGCCAGUCAUCCAUCCCAACUUUCUCGACACGACUUUCGAUGUCUAUGCUAUACGCGCUGCUGUCCGAUCUGCCGCCAGAUUUGCCGCUGCCGGAGCAUGGAACGGCUUCCUGACGGGACAGGCAGGGCCCUUCGCCAAUGUCGACGUCGGCUCAGACGAGGACGUCGAUGCGUGGGCGCGGGCACAGUCGUGGACCAUUUGGCAUCCGGUCGCGACCGCUCGCAUGGGAACUUGCGCCCAGACCGUUGGGAACGGCGCGGUCGUCAACCCGGACGCCACGGUCAAAGGCGUGCAGGGGCUCAGGGUUGUGGAUGCCAGCAUACUGCCGUACAUACCUGCUGCUCACCCGCAGGCUGUGAUAUAUGCCUUCGCUGAACGGGUUGCCGACCUCAUCAAGAGUGGGCAGUCGAUUUGUUGA